UUAACGGUGACCAUUUCCUUAACGUAGUUAUCGAUGAUCAUUUCCGGAAUCUUCGGAUUACAUUAUAUUGAGGAUACGCACCGAAGAACGCUAAUAAUAGGCAAAGCGUUGGACUGUAAGUGCACCAGUGAUCAAACAAACCAUAUAAUCCUUUCUUUUCUUGGAUGAAGCAUAUAUUUAUUUCACCCCUCUCAGAUUGAUAACUGUACGCCUAUUGAUAAUCGCUGACACCAUGGAUCAUUCCCCAGAAGACGAACUGCAAUUUUCGCAUCAGCCACCCCUACAAAAUGACACUGAUUCAGAUAACAAAUACGUUCUCUCGACCGAAGACUGGAUAGCCUUCGUUGGACUGUGGCUAGUAACACUGUUCACUAUCGCGGGAAACACUCUUGUUAUUCUGUCUUUUAUUAGAGAUCGAAAUCUUCGAAAGAAACCUUCGAACCUUUUUUUACUUGGUUUAGCCAUAACGGAUUUGAUAACGGGAUUGGUAAGUUUACCAUUGGACAACAUGUGGCGCUAUAAAGGUGAGUGGCCCUACGGACGGUCUGUGUGUAUCUUUUGGACAUUUCUAGAUUACACGGUCACCAUCCAAUCAGCUUACAUAAUUUCGCUGAUAUCUGCCGAUCGAUAUUUUUUGGUAACAAAGGGUCUCCGUUACAAGGUAUUUCAAACACAUCGCCGAGUUCUAAUACAACUAAUUGGAACACUGUCCAUUUCGUUUGUUUUCCAUCUGGUUGCUAUCCUCUGGUUUGAAGGAACAGGAAAAGAGAAUGUUGAUUUUGAGGAAGAAUGCGAAUUAAAUGCUCUGGGAGCUCUGUCGUACGUUAUAAUUGCCGUCAUUGUGGAGUUCAUUUUGCCACUUUUAAUAGUCUGUUUUUUCAACUUAGUAAUUUAUCUACACAUACUGAGACGACUACAACAUCCCGUAAAUCAAAAUGCAUCUGAUGAUGUAGCGUUAAUGCCUUCCAAUCGAGGACUCAUCGGCACACCAGCUAAACAGACAGAGAAGAACGUAAACCAAACAAUUACUUCGGAGAUGGCUACAGUGGAAUUUGAUUCUUCGUAUAAGUCUUCGAAUUGUACGACGGAAGAAAAUGUCAAAUCUUAUCAAAUUCAACCUAAACAUGCUUCGUCUUCAGCCAACUCUGGAUCGCCUUCAAAUUCGACGUCUAAGAAUCAGAAAUCUAGUGUUAGAAAAUCUCGCAAAAAGGCGGCCACAACGCUUAGUAUCUUAAUCGUGGCGUUUAUUGUCUGCUGGUUGCCUUACAAUGUUGUGGCAAUCAUUCGACAUAUCUCAAGCGACCUGGUGAACGUACGAACAUGGGACAUGGUGAACUAUCUGCUUUGGUUUAAUUCUGCAGUUAAUCCUGUCUUAUAUGCAACCACGAACGUCCAUUUUCGGCGAAAUUUCAGUGAAUUGUUGGGCAAGUUAUGCACACCAUUUAAGCGAAUCUUAUGUAUGAAAUAAACCUGAGGCUCACUAUAUUAUGUAUUUUUUGUUAAAGAACAAAUAUUUGUACUGAGGCUUCACGUUGGUAUGAGGUUAGCUCCCCGGUUAGGGCGAUCAUUUACAUUCGCAUAUUCCUAUUCUCUACUCAUUAUUAUAGGCCUUUAUUUAUAAACAGUAGAACCCCUAUUAAGGGGACACCUUCGGGACCAAAAAAGUGUCCCCUUAAUAUUCAGGGGACACUAACCAAAAAUGUGAAAUUGUCCCCUUAAUAGGGGUUUUAGGCAUGUUGUCAUAUAAUAUGACAUACUGUACAAUUCUUCAUAAUUUUAUUUGUAUUAACAUAAUUAGUUACAGUAGAAUCAUAACUAAUAACAAUAAUUUUCAAGGGAAAUGCAAUUCAUUUAUAAUAUGAAAUCAGCAGAAA